AUGGCUUACCAUCCUCUCCAGCUUCGUCCAGCGCAUCCCCUGACCUCCCCAACUCUGGUUCGCGGCGCGCAGCCGUCAUUUCUCUCCACAGCGACUCUCCCAGAUGCCGCCUGGAUCUCCGGGUCCCUGUCGGCGCACCCCGCGGGGCUCCCCGCAAUCCACCCGCAAACAUUGGAGAGCCCGCAGCGAGAAGAGUGGCUGGAUGAUGACCCGAAAGUGACCCUGGAUUCCAGGAAUUUAUGGAGCCAGUUUCACAAAAUGGGGACAGAGAUGGUUAUCACAAAAUCAGGGAGGAGGAUGUUUCCACCUUUCAAAGUGCGCGUAGAAGGACUGAAUGAAAGAGCCAAAUACAUUUUGCUGAUGGACAUAGUGUCUGUUGAUGACUACCGCUACAAGUUUCAGCACUCCCGCUGGACAGUGGCCGGGAAAGCGGAUCCGGAGAUGCCAAAGCGCAUGUACAUCCACCCGGACAGUCCAUGCAGAGGCGAGCAGUGGAUGAGUAAGCUGGUUGCUUUCCAUAAACUCAAACUCACCAACAAUGUCUCAGACAAGCAUGGAUUUACAAUUCUCAAUUCAAUGCACAAAUAUCAGCCCAGAUUCCAUUUAGUGAAAGCCAAUGACAUAAGGAAGCUUCCAUACAGCACAUUCCGGACAUACGUUUUCCCAGAGACAGAGUUCAUUGCUGUCACUGCCUAUCAGAAUGACAAGAUUACAAAACUGAAAAUCGACAACAACCCUUUUGCUAAAGGAUUUAGGGACACGGGGAAUGGGAGACGAGAAAAGAGGGGUUCCCAGUUGAACAUGUCUUUGCUACAAGAGAACCAAAGUGAUGCAUAUGACUGUGCUGAUUCAGAGGAUUCCUGUGAGCAGCCCGACACCAGUGAGGCUUUAUAUUCUCCUUUGGAGCUGUUGAGCAGCCCUCUCAUCUCCACACCCACUCACCAAGGUGGAUUAGCAGAAGAGAGCAACAUCGAGACUGAUUCAGAAACUGACUGUCCCGCUGAAGCCAGCUGUUCUGGUCCUGCACCUCCAAGUCUCAGCAGAAAAGAGAAUAAGUCAGAUCAGAGUAAAUUCAGCAACUUUGGGGAUUCGACAAUGGACAGAAAAAGAAUAUCAGAUGAUCAGCACAUCAUGGAUUCUUUAGAGAAGCGAAUCAAAACUCAGGUCUUGCCUGAGAUGAUGCAGCCCUGGGGGUCAUCAUUGUUUAUUGAUGAUCCCUGUCGAACUGUGGACCUGUCAAGUGUGGGGACUCAGCCUCUUCUAAGGCUUGAGAAACGUUUGCUUUUACAACCUGGACAAAUGACAAUGGGGCCAGUGGGUUUUUCCUCCCGAGGCUUUGGACCAGGAGUUUCUUCUUUUCCCAGAGAAGCGUCACCUUUCGGAGGAAUGCUGCCAUAUCAUUGUCGUGACACAGACUCUUCGAACAUGACCUCUGCAGUUUUCUCCUCCUGUUCUGCCAAUUCAUCUCUCGUCAGAAACCAGCGUCACAGUUACUCCUGGCCUUGCUUGCGGUUCAGCCCUUAUCAAACCCCGUUAUCUUUCAGCUCUUGCCAAAACCCGCAUAACGCCAGUCUACCUGAGUGGACCCACUUCAAGCCUGAGCUGUGCAAGCCUGAAAGAAGAGACCCAAGCCAUGUGCUCGACCCUUACAAUUACAAAACUAGUGCCAAACAGAGAACUGUUUCUCACUUAAGAGGUCCUUUGAUGAAUUGCGGCACUACGGUCAGAUGGGUUGAUACACGAUUCCAUCCAUCUUAAACUCUUUUUUUAUUGCUUCUUUUGCUCAGAUUUGUUUGUACUCUUGAUCUCCUCAC